AUGGAAGGAGAAUCAACAUUGUUGAAAAUAAAUUUAACUGAGUGGCGAUUUAGUCUUUAUCCCAAAUAUAUAUUAUUGCCCAUUGAUGAAAAUCAUGAUCAAGUUAAAAAUAAUGUCAAAAAUAUUGUUUACUCUGAGGUUACACCCCGUCCGCUAGAACGCAAUGUCCGCUUGGUAUGUGCUUCUGAUGAUGCAUUAGUAAACAUUUUGGACAUGGAUCCUAAUAUAGUGAAUAGUCUAGACUUUAUUGAAUUUUUGGCUGGAAGAAAAUUACCAUAUGGAGCUUUGCCUGUUGCACAUCGAUAUGGAGGUCACCAAUAUGGUCUAUGGGCUGGACAGUUAGGUGAUGGAAGGGUGCACAUUAUUGGAGAAUAUGUGAACAGGUUAAAUGAGCGUUGGCAAAUCCAGCUCAAAGGCUCAGGACAGACUCCUUACUCUCGUGUUUACGAUGGACGUGCUAUGCUCAGAUCUUGUAUUCGGGAAAUGAUUGCGAGUGAGGCUAUGUUCCAUUUAGGAGUCCCUACUACGAGAUCUGUAGCUGUUGUCGUCAGCGAUGAACCAAUAACACGUGAUCUUUUUUACUCUGGCUGUCCGCGACGGGAGCACGCUGGUGUGCUCUUGAGAUUGUCACAGAGCUGGUUCCGUUUUGGUUCUUUGGAAAUUUUGGCAAAGAAUGGGGAGUUGGCGGUAUUGAAGCAAGUGGCCGAUUUUGUGAUAAAAGAACACUUUCCUGACAUCCAUCUAACAGAUGAGAACAAAUAUAUUAGGCUAUUUUCUGAGAUCGCUCACAAAACGCUCGACCUCGUUGCUAAAUGGCAAGGAUUAGGUUUCGCUCAUGGAUUAUUAAAUACUGAUAAUAUGAAUCUUCUCGGAGUAACCUUGGACUAUGGUCCAUUUGGUUUCCUCGAUUCCUACGAUAGUGGCUAUGUAGCUAACAGUUCCGAUGGAGAAGGACGAUAUGCUUUGGGAAAACAACCUGAUAUAGUAGUAUGGAAUAUAAGCCAGCUAGCGAAUGCUUUGGAAACUCUCCUGACGCCGUCGCAGCAGGUCCACAUGACGCAUAUUCUAAAAACUCUGGAUACUUACUGUAAAAAUAAAAUUCUAGAGACAUUUCUAUUGAAAAUUGGACUCAAGAAAGAGAGAUGGGGAGAUGAAGAGUUAGUGGAGAAGUUACUCGAUAUGAUGCAGCAGACCGGUGCCGAUUUCACCAUUACGUUUAGACAGCUGGCUGAAUUGGAGCCGUGUGAAAUGUCUAGUGAAUCUAAGUUGAAAGAUAAAUGGUCGUUGAAGCGUUUGUCUUCGCAUUCUUCUUGGGGUUGCUGGCUCGAUCAAUAUCGCGAGCGGUUAGACAAGGAGGCUGUAAAUACAAGUAGCGCGGUGGGUCUCUUCGAGGAGGAGCGCAGGCGGCGCAUGCUCGCCGUCAACCCGCUGUACGUGCCUCGCAACUGGAUGCUGCACGAGGCUAUCCUAGACGCUGAUCGGGACGAUUUUGAUAAGGUCCGUUUUCUAUUGCAAGUAAUAAGGAACCCUUACGAAAUACAACCAGAGGCAGAAGCGAGAGGUUUCUCCGCACAGCCUCCGCAGUGGGCGUAUGCUUUGAAAGUCAGCUGUUCCACU